CCGGGAGCCUCAGCGCAUGUUGAAUACAUAAUCCUCCCGAAUCCUGCGGAAAAGGAGACCAGUCGCCAGUUUACACUGGAUUAUUUAGUAUUCGGUAUCGUUACCCCUGCAUAUUCCAUUCCAUGUCUGGCCAUGCUCCCUGUACCUCGUCCCUGACGGCUCUCGCGUCCCGCGAGUUCGACUACAUCGUCGUCGGCGGCGGCAUUGGAGGCCUGGUGGUCGCGAAUCGUCUAAGCGAAGAUGCAGACAGGACAGUCUUGCUCAUCGAGGCCGGUGCCAAUCGCAUGGGAGACCCUAAAAUUGACACUCCGGGCUUCCUGUCGACUCUGUACGGCGAUGCCGACUACGACUGGAAUUUCGUGACUGAGCCUCAAGUGAGACCACCCUUGCUUGCAAUCUGCAGACCCCCAAGGAAACCAUCAGGAUUAUGCACUGCAGCCGGCUGACGCGGCUUGGUAACACGCAGAAACACGUCAACAAUAGACAGAUCGCACAACCGCGCGGAAAGGUGCUGGGCGGCUCCAGCUCCCUGAACUUCUCGGCCAUCGUGUACCCCCACCGCAACGAUUUCGACGCCUGGACCGCAUUGGGAAAUAAUGGAUGGACAGCUGAUGACCUGGCGCCGUACCUGCGCAAGUUCCACACCUAUACGCCCGCGAGUCCGGGGACGAGCACGCUUUUAUCGCUGGACUUGAUUGAAGCUGGGGAUCAGGGCACUGACGGGCCUCUUCCGGUAUCUUUCCCCGAGGUCUACGGCCCGCUCAACCAGGCGUGGCACGAAACUUUCGAGAAAUUAGGCUGGAAGUCGUUGGAUGAUCCUAUCAAGGGCCAGAAAAUCGGUCCCUUCGCGUGCCCGCUAUCGAUCGAUGCCAAAAAGGGAUCCCGUGGGUACGCGACUGCGUACUACAGUCCUGAAGUCGCGCAGAGACCGAAUCUGCAGCUUCUGACAGAAACGCACGUUCAACGGGUUCUUCUCGAAAAGGAAGAGAACGGUAGCGCCGUGUCAGCGACCGGGGUGCAGGUCCGGACGAAAGAAGGCGAGCAGCAGUCGCUUUUUGCUAAAAGAGAAGUCAUCUUGUCUGCGGGUGCUUUUCAGUCGCCCCAGAUCCUCGAACUGUCCGGUAUUGGGAAUGAGAAAAUCCUGGAGAAGUACGGUAUAUCCGCUGUGAUCGACAACCCAGGGGUUGGAGAAAACCUCCAAGACCACAGUCUGGUGGGAAUAAGCUUCGAGCUCGCCGACGGACAAGUUUCAGGAGAUAUCCUGCGUGAUCCGAACGUGCUGCAGUCUGUAAUAAAACUGUAUCAGGAAUCCCAAGCCGGUCCGCUCUGCGGCAUUCCGCUGAGUCUAGCCUACCUGCCCUUCGUCGACGGCAACGGCAUUCUGAGCAAAGACGCCAUAGAGAAGCUGGCGCAGGAAAACCUCAACGCCCACCUGGAUCAUCCAGGGCUGAAGAAGCAGUACGAGAUUCUCCGCGAGAGACUUCUCGACGCAAAGGAUACAACAUGCGAAUACCUCCUCCUGCCAAACCAGCUUCACAUGGAGCCGAAGAAGAACUCGAUGGCGGAGCUCCUCACUCCAACCCUCCCGGGUAACUAUGUCAGUAUCCUGAUGUUGGACAACCACCCUUUCUCGCGAGGCUCUGUUCAUAUUAGCUCCUCCAAUCCGCUGGAAAAGCCGACCUAUGACCCGAAUUAUCUGUCUCAACCGAUGGACCUGGAGCUCCUAGCCCGCCACACGCAGUACGUGGAUAAGAUCGUACAGACGGCGCCGUUCUCUACGCUGUUGAAAUCGCCCACCAGCCGACUUCCAAGGGACUCGGAGUCGGGGUUCGAUGACCUUGAAUUGACGAAGAGGGUUGUCAAGGAGCGUCUCUACCAUUGCUUCCAUCCGUCGGGGACUUGUGCCAUGCUUCCCAAGGAGCUGGGGGGAGUGCUGAACGACCGGCUGCUGGUUCACGGGACGACAAAUCUUCGCGUCGUCGAUGCCAGUAUCUUUCCGCUGAUUCCAACGGGGAACAUCCAGGCGACUGUUUUCGCGGUUGCGGAGAAGGCGGCUGAUUUGAUCAAGCAGGAUAACAAGGAUUAAGCUGGGUUGGUCUUGAUGUACAUACAUACCUAGACGCACAUACUCUCAUCUACAGUAUAUAAAUCUUAUACCCUC